GUGAAAACUCCGUAUCCGCGGCGGGCGACGGUUCAUUGUCGGGGGAACGUCGAAGCGAGAGUAUUCACGUUGCUUCCCAUCGAACGUUGCGCGCCGCUCGCACACCUCGAGCCCGAGUCAUCCGAGAGACCCGAAGACAAGUAUUCGACAGCUCGCUCAAGUUUGCUUCCCUUACGCACCCAAAAUGUUGUUCUUUGGAGCAUUGUCCGUUCUUUUCCUGACCGUUUCCGCGGAGUACUGUUACACCGACGUUGAGAGUGCCUGCGGCACCAAUCCCAAAAAUGGUGGGCUAAUAUCGAACUGUAAUGCCAAAUACGGAGCUAUCGAUGCUCUUCAGGCUGAUCUACAGGCGUUCGCAAACGCUAAUAUCGAAACGAGUUUUGAAUUUCUCCUGAUGUCUACGCAUUUUGGAAAUUACGAAGCUAAUCGAGAGGGAUUUAAGGGGCUGUACCGCAAACUUUCAGAUAAAUCGUGGGAAGAAGCGAUAGAUUUGAUGAAAUAUAUCGCACAGCGUGGUGGCAAGAUGGACCUCAAUCAACUUCCACGUUCCAAGAAACCUAUCAAGGAUAGCAAAGUAUUGGAAUUGACCGAGUUGAAUAGCCUGGCUAAAGCACUCGACAGUCAGAAGCAACUUGCCGACGAAGCGCUACGCAUUCACACUCAAGCACAGCAUCACACCAAACAGGAUGCGGCUGUCGCUCAUUAUAUCGAGGAACAUUUCAUGGAAUCGUUGUCCGAACGUGUAAGACAGCUAGCAGGUUAUUCGAAUGACCUCAAGAAUAUGCUGGAAGAACGUGACGCAUCCGUCUCUGUAUUCCUCUUUGACGAGUACCUUAAGAAAACUUUGUAAGGAGCUGCCUAACAGUUAUAACUUACAACACAUAUACAUAUAUUUCAAUUAUAUUAUUAUCAUUAUUAUUAUUAUUACUAUUUUUUGUCUUUAUCUAUCUUCAAUGUUAGAUCUUUCAUAUGUAAAAUACCAGAAAUAAACGCAUACAGAAAUUUAUUUCUUGCGUGUGUGUGUGCGCUCUGCAAUAAAUAAUAAAACAUUGAAUAUAUCUACACGCA